AUGCCUAUCUCCGGACACUGCCUUUGCAAAGCCGUCACGUACACCGUGGACGUUGACGCACCUCUGAUCACUGCUUAUGAUCACUGCGAUGACUGCCAGCGCCAGAGUGGCUCAACCUACUCUCUGGUCACCGUCUUCCCCAAGGACAAGUUGACCAUCAAGGGCCCUAUCAAGAGCUGGGCUGGAAAGGGAUCCUCUGGCCACGCUGUCCACCGCAUCUUCUGCUCUGAGUGUGGUUCCCCGAUCGCCCACGAUCCCGAUGCCGCUCCUGAGAUCAUCGCCAUCAAGGCUGGUACCCUGGACACAGAGAUCAAGAAGAACCUGAAGCCGAACACUGAGAUCUGGACUGUCAGCAAGCUUCCUUUCUGUCAGGAGUCCCUUGCGCACCCCUUCAAGCACAUGCCCGAAUAA